AUGAAUGGCUUGCUUGUCUUUUUUUUUUUUUGCGUUCUCCGGUUUGGAUGGUUUUGUGCGAAGUUUGCUCGUGUGCUGUUGGCUCAGCGGAUGCCCCGGCUUUGUCGAUUAGCGGCAGUGCUGCUUCUUCUGCUGCUUUGCUGGGUGCAUUGUUCCUUGGGUUAUGUGGAACAUCGUUGCACGUUCGACGAGAGGAUGCGGAAGGUCGGUGCUUUGCCGGUGUUGCGCGAGGUGCCGCGGAAGGGGCAGGGCGCGAUGCAGGCGUACACCGCCGGUGCGUCGUCUUGGGAGCCGAUACGCAUCAAAGUUUUCAUUGAGGAUUUGAAGAAUGAAUUUCGCUACUGCACAGCUGCGGGGGACAUUCGUCCAGACUACGAGGGUGGUGUGGCGCUGUGCGAGGCGGCUCAUAUUCUUACUCCAGAGAAGAAAGCACUUCUUGUUGAGCGGCUCAUACCGGAGUCCGUUCAGUUGCAUGCUGCUCGUCUCCUUGUCCGCCCAAUGGACUGGAUUUUUGUGGGGCGGAUUGCCUUUGGCGCCUGCGUCUUCUUUACGGUCCCCGAGGCGCACAGUGUUGAGGGGGUGCAUGACGCUGACUUCAUCCUUUACAUUGCAGCCGGGCCAAUGGCGGACGCCAACGUGGCGUGGGGGGCGCCGUGCUCCGUCACGAUUGACGGGCGGCCUGUUAUUGGGGCGCUGAACUUUGGGCCGCAGCACAUCUCUGCAAGGCGGGGCCUGGCGCGCGCCGCUGCACACGAGAUUGCGCAUGCACUUGGGUUUUCCAUGCACGUUUUUGUUGGGCGCCGCAUGGUCACUGCGGCGCGGGGCGUUCGCGGCAAACCCAUCGCCUAUGUGCUGUCCUCAAGAAAAACGCUGCAGGCGACGCGAAAACACUUCAACUGCGCUACCGCACCCGGCAUGGAGCUGGAGGACGAGGGCGGGGAGGGGACGGCGCAGUCGCACUGGGAGCGGCGAAAUGCGAAGGAUGAGUUGAUGGCGGGUGUUUCCGGCAUAGGCUACUACUCCGCCCUGACGAUGGCGGCUUUUGAGGACACCGGGUACUAUCGCGCCAACUGGGGCAUGGAGGAGUUGAUGGGGUGGGGCAGCAACUCUGGCUGCGAGUUCCUGGAGAAGAAGUGCGUGGAGAACAGCACCACACGAUACCCCGACAUGUUCUGCACAGAGGUUUCCACGCGCCUUCACUGCACGUCGGAUCACCUGGCGCUGGGCAUUUGUGGUCUUGUUUCGUUCCAACUGCCGCUUGCGCCACAGUACAGCUACUUUGAACACCUCUCGCUUGGCGCCCCACGGCAUGAGUUGACGGAUUACUGCCCCACCAUAGUCUCACUCAGAGAAGGCGGCUGCACAAGCCUUUCGAACACCGUCGCUGGAAGUCGGGUAGGGCCCAACUCACGGUGCCUGGAGGGGAACGCGCUUCGCAUCCAUGCAACGGAAAUUGGGGCGGUCUGCGUGGAGGUGUCGUGCGAGAGUCUGGGCACGGUGAAAAUACGUCACACUGGGAAUGAUGCGUGGCAUUUGUGCCCGGAGGGCGCCACGCUUCGGCCGGGACUCCCAUUCACUGGCGGCGAAAUUGUCUGCCCAAAGUACGAGAGAGUUUGCACCAAGUUGGCGGGUGUCCGCAAUGCCUUUGCUCACGAAACCUACACGGCGCAGGGCGCAGGGAAUUUUGUGACGGACGUCCACUUCAACAACACAUUGCGCCGCGAGGAGCCCCCACGCCAUCGCCCCGAUGAGAAAACCGGCGACGUUGCCGUCACUUAUGCCCUGCUGUGGCUGCCGUUUUUCUUUUUGUUGUAUGCCGUCGCCGGAAUUGGAGCCUAA